UUUUGUUUGCUUGAUUCUUGGGAUUUUAAUUCAUUGACGGUGGAUUAAAUUGUUUGUCAUUUCAAUUGAUUUGUGUCCGCAAAUUAAAUUGAUUAUGAGUGUUUAAGGAUUUUGGUCAUCACAGUGUUUUAUUGUGGACAUUGACAGUUAUUGUAAAUAACAAUUUCAUCGACCCAACAAAAGGAAAAUCUAAAACUGAAUUUUUUGUUUUUUGUUUUGAUUGUUUAUUUUGUUGUAUCUUUUUGACAAUAUGUAUAUACAUCAAAUACCUGUAAUUAAUACUCUACUUGAAAGAGUUUAUCUCAGCAAUUUACUAUCUGUUUGGAUAAUUCUUAUUUUAAACAGUUUCGAUGGUCUUGAUUGUCUAUCUAAUGAUGAAAUUGAUAGUCAUCUUGAAUUGGGAAAACAAAUGGUAGCCAGAGGACAAUAUAGUGAUGCAUUGUCUCAUUAUCAUGCUGCUAUUGAGGCGGAUCCCAAGAACUAUUUAACUUACUUCAAACGAGCAACCGUUUAUUUAGCAUUAGGCAAAUCUAAACCAGCUUUGGAAGAUUUAAAUCAAGUCAUUCAGUUGAAGCCAGAUUUUCAAUCAGCUCGAUUACAACGAGGUGGAGUUUUGAUGAAACAAGGAUUCCUUGAUGAAGCUCAUAUUGAUCUUGAAUGGGUGUUGAGAGCUGAUCCUUAUAAUGAAGAGGCAACUCGAUUGUACACUUCAAUCGAACCAGUGAAACAUGAUCUUCAAAAUGCUUACUUACUCUAUAACGAUGAAUCUUGGCCAAUGGCUAUUGACGUUUUAACCAAAUUAAUCCAUGAAUUACCUUGGGAUGUUAAACUUCGUGAAAUGAGAGCUACUUGUUUUGAAAAUGUUGGUGAUUAUUUCAACGCAAUCAGUGAUUUAAGAGCAUCAACCAAGUUAAAAGUAGAUAACACUGAUGGUUAUCUAAAAUUGAGUAAACUUCAUUACAAUAUUGGUGAUGUUGAAGAAUCUCUAACAACAAUUAGAGAAUGCCUUAAACUUGAUCCAGAUCAUAAACAAUGUUGGGAACAUUAUAAGAAGGUUAAAAAGUUAGCCGGACAUUUUAAAUCGAUGAAUGAAUUUUCACAAACAGAACAAUUUAACGAAUGUGUUACCAAAGCAAAUGCUGCUCUUAAAGUGGAAUCACAAGUUAUCAACAUUGUACAAUUAAUCAAGAAAAAAUCGUGUCAUUGCCUUUCAAAGCUCGAAAAUCCACCCCAAGCCAUAGAAGUUUGUACAGAAGCUUUAGAACUCGAUCCAAACGAUGCAGCUACUCUCUGUGAUAGAGCCGAUGCUUACCUUAACAAUGAAGAUUUCGAUCGAGCACAAGCUGAUUUCGCUCGUGCCCGUGAAAUUGAUCCCGAUCUUAAACGAGCCCAAGAAGGUUUGAAAGGUGUCAAAGGACGUCAGCGUCAAGCUAGAGACUAUUAUAAAAUACUCGGAGUUAGAAGAAACGCCGGUAAAAAGGACAUAUUAAAAGCUUAUCGAAAAUUGGCCCAAAAAUGGCAUCCUGAUAAUUUCCAAGGAGACGAAAAAGUAUCAGCUGAGAAGAAAUUUAUCGAUAUUGCUUCAGCCAAAGAAGUUCUAACCGACCCGGAGAAGAGAAGAAAAUUCGAUGCCGGAGAAGAUCCAUUAGACCCUGAGUCUCAAUCUAAUCAAGGAUUUAACGGAUUUAAUCCAUUCCAUUUUCAACAAUUCGGUGGAAAAUAUACUUUCACCUUUGGAUAGUCUCUCACAAUCAAAUUAAUUACCUGUGUUAUAAUUUAAUUUGGAAACAACAAAACUCUAGUAACAAAAAGAAACACAAGCAACUCUUUCCCUUACCAAUCAUUGAAUUACUGCUGAAUCAAUAAGAUAAUUGAAUGAUUUGUGCAAUCAGAGAGAUUCAAAGCAAUUAACUUAAUGAUUGUUCAAAAAAAAAGAGAAACUAAUCAUUUUGUAUUGAGAUGAGCUAAUCAUCACAGAGAUAAUCACUAAUCUUGUAAGAUGUGUAAAUACCUUAUUUAUCAAUAACUAAAUGAAUCUUUAUUUAAUCAAAUUGUAAUAAACUUUAUUGUCUCAUUUUGAUGAUUUUCA